CACGGGAAGCGGGACUGAGCUCCCCUCCACUCUCACCCCUCCGCCCCACAGCCUCCACCUCCGUUCUCCAUGCGCGCCUAGUUCCCUUCCCUCCACCCAUCACCCCGAGGACCCAAAGCUCAUGUCUUCGAUGACAGUCACCUCCUCACCAUUACCCUUCCUCUCCUCUUCGUCCUCGUUAACGUGCCAUCUCCGCCGAGCGGGCACCGCCACCGCUACGGCAGCGUCAUCUGCUUCUGAAGACUUCGACUACCCUCUCGCCGACCCCUCUCUUCGAUGGCCCCACCUUCGCUUCCCGUACCUCCCCGCGCCGCGCUUCCCAGCCACCGUCGCCGCGGCACCUCCGGUCCCCGCCAGACCACCACAGGAAGUGGAGGACCCCGUGGCGACUUCCGGCUCGGCAUCUUCACUCGUGGAGCCGCUGGACGCGCGUGCUCAUCGCGGGAGGGUGAAAAAGCUGAGUAAGCUCGCGCUGCGGCGGGCGCAGGACUGGCGCGCGCGCGUGGCCGGGCUCGCGGACGCCGUCCUCGAGCUGCCUCCCGGGGCGCCUGUCGACGACGUGCUCGACGGCGCUCGGGCAUCGCCGGACGAGGUCGCCUUCGUCGUGCGCGCCGUCGGGGAGAGCUCGUGGCGGCGCGCGUUGGAUGCUUUCGAGUGGCUCGCCCGGAGCAGCGCCCCGGCUUCACGCGCCGUCGCCGUCGUCCUCGGCGUCCUCGGUCGCGCGCGCCAGGAUUCGAUCGCAGAGGAGGUCUUCCUCCGAUUCGCCGGAGAGGGCGCCACUGUUCAGGUGUUCAACGCCAUGAUGGGCGUUUAUGCGCGCUCUGGCCGAUUCGAUGACGCACGGCAGCUGCUUGACACAAUGCACGACCGGGGGAUCGAUCCUGACCUCGUCAGCUUCAAUACUCUAAUCAAUGCCAGGUCCAAGUCUGGGUGUUUGGCUGCUGGCGUCGCCCUUGACCUGCUAUUUGAAGUUCGACAAUCUGGGCUAAGGCCAGAUGUUAUCACUUACAACACGCUCAUCAGUGCUUGCUCACAGAGUUCUAAUCUCGAAGAUGCUGUGACAGUGUUUGAGGACAUGAUAGCUUCGGAGUGCCGGCCGGAUUUGUGGACAUACAAUGCAAUGGUGUCGGUGCAUGGCCGGUGUGGGAAGGCUGAGGAGGCUGAGCGGCUGUUUAGGGAGCUGGUGGAGAAGGGUUUUAUGCCUGAUGCGAUCACUUACAAUUCUCUUCUCUAUGCUUUUGCAAAGGAAGGGAAUGUUGACAAGGUGGAGCACACAUGUGAGCAAUUGGUUAAGGCUGGGUUCAAGAAAAAUGAAAUAACAUACAACACCAUGAUUCACAUGUAUGGGAAGAUGGGCAGGCUUGACUUAGCAGUGGGUCUGUAUGAUGAGAUGAGGGCUAUGGGCUGUACUCCAGAUGCUGUGACGUAUACGGUCAUGAUUGAUUCUUUGGGGAAGAUGAAUAGGAUUGCUGAGGCAGGGAAGGUGCUGGAGGACAUGACAGAUGCGGGAUUGAAGCCAACUUUAAUAGCUUUUAGUGCUUUGAUUUGUGCAUAUGCCAAAGGUGGGAGGCGGGCUGAUGCGGAGAAUACAUUUGAUUGCAUGAUUGCAUCAGGUGUCAAACCUGAUCGUUUAGCGUACUUGGUUAUGCUGGAUGUUUUUGCAAGGUCAGGUGAUACGGAAAAAAUGUUGUGUCUGUAUCGAAAAAUGAUGAAUGAUAAUUAUAGACCAGAUGAUGACAUGUACCAGGUCUUGCUUGUUGCACUUGCAAAGGAAGAUAAGUGUGAGGAGAUUGAAGAAGUUAUCCAAGAUAUGGAAUUACUUUGUCGAAUGAAUCUGGGAAUAAUAUCAACAAUGCUCAUUAAGGCGAGGUGUGUUUCCCAGGGUGCUAAACUAUUAAAAAAGGCAUGUCUCCAGGGAUACAAGCCUGAUAUUAAGAGCUUAAGGUCCAUUAUGAAUGCAUAUGUAAUGACAGAAAAGCAUGAGGAAGGUCUCUCUUUGCUUGAAUGCAUCUGUGAACAUGUUUCCUUUUCCCAGGAUUUGAUAUCAGAAUGUUCCAUCAUGCUUCUAUGCAGAAAGCAGACGAGCAUUUCUGCCUAUGAACAGUACAGUCAAAGGUUAAUGUUAAAAUACCCUGGUCAAAACUGUAACUUGUAUGAGUACUUGAUUACAUGCCUCAUUGAAGCUGAGUUUUUUUCUGAAGCUUGUCAAGUGUUCUGUGACAUGCAGUUUAUUGGCAUAGAAGCUUCUAAAAGUAUUUACGAGAGCAUAAUUUCUACCUACUGUAAACUGGGAUUCCCAGAAACAGCACACAGGUUAAUGGAUGAUGCUUUGCAAUCUGGUAUUCCGUUAAACAUUCUCUCUUGUCGGGUAAUUAUAAUUGAAGCAUAUGGGAAGAUAAAGCUCUGGCAGCAAGCAGAAAUCUUGGUGAAAGGGCUGAGGCAAGCAUCAGGUAUUGAUAGAAGGAUUUGGAAUGCUUUGAUACAUGCAUAUGCAGAGAGUGGACUUUAUGAAAAAGCAAGGGCAGUCUUUGAUAAUAUGAUUAAAACAGGUCCUCUGCCAACUGUUGAUUCAGUUAAUGGAAUGAUGAGGGCAUUGAUUGUUGAUGGCAGAUUGGAUGAGUUGUAUGUCGUUGUAGAAGAGCUUCAAGAUAUGAACUUUAAGAUCAGCAAAAGUACAGUGCUCCUUUUGCUUGAUGCUUUUGCAAAAGCUGGGGAUGUAUUCGAGGUAAUGAAAAUCUAUAAUGGAAUGAAGGCUGCAGGAUACUUGCCAAAUAUGCACCUCUACAGAAGUAUGAUUUCCUUGCUCUGCCAUCACAACCGAUUCAGGGAUGUGGAAUUGAUGAUUGCAGAGAUGGAGGGAGCAGGGUUCAAGCCAGAUCUUGCCAUACUUAAUGCUCUUCUUAAUAUGUACACUGCCGCUGGGAACUUUGAUAGGACAACACAAGUAUAUCGAAGUAUUCUAGAAGCUGGCUUAGAGCCUGAUGAAGAUACAUACAAUACAUUGAUAGUCAUGUACUGUAGAAGCUUUAGGCCGGAAGAAGGUUUUACAUUAUUGAAUGAAAUGGGCAAACGAGGUCUGACACCAAAGUUGCAAUCCUACAAAAGCUUGCUUGCUGCAUCUGCAAAAGCAGAGCUGAGGGAGCAAGCUGACCAGAUUUUUGAGGAAAUGCGAUCUAAGAGUUAUCAAUUGAAUAGAUCAAUCUAUCAUAUGAUGAUGAAAAUUUACAGGAAUGCUGGCAACCACUCCAAAGCUGAGAACUUGCUAGCAGUAAUGAAAGAGGAUGGCAUAGAGCCAACAAUUGCCACUAUGCAUAUUCUCAUGACUUCUUACGGCACUGCUGGACAACCUCGUGAAGCUGAGAAUGUACUGAACAACUUGAAAUCUUCCAGUUUGGAAGUCAGCACGUUACCAUACAGUACUGUCUUUGAUGCUUACCUGAAAAACGGUGACUACAAUCAUGGAACCACAAAACUGCUGGAAAUGAAAAGAGAUGGUGUAGAACCGGAUCAUCAAGUUUGGACAUGUUUCAUCAGGGCAGCUAGUUUGUGUGAGCAAACUGCUGAUGCUAUUCUUCUUCUAAAGUCUCUACAGGAUUGUGGAUUUGACCUUCCCAUUAGGCUUCUGACUGAAAGGACACCAUCACUGUUAAGUGAGAUUGCCAAUUAUCUGGAAGAGCUUGAAGCAUUAGAAGAUUCUGCUGCUUUGAACUUUGUAAAUGCAGUAGAAGAUUUGUUGUGGGCAUUUGAAUGCAGAGCAACAGCUUCACGGAUUUUCCAAUUGGCAGUAGAGAGAAGCAUAUACCGUGAUAAUGUCUUUCGGUAUCCAUGGCAAUCUCUAUACCGCAAAAUUUCAUUUGAAGUAGUGUACAAUUUCAUUCUACAAAAAAAUAUAUGUAUUUCAUGUGCAUAUAUAAAAUUGCAUAAUUGGUGUAGGCAUUGUUUUUUCAAGUUACACUUAUCAACUUUGGCUCAAGCAAUGAUUUUUUUUUUUUUGUAAAAGCGAAGUACUAAACUAAUUACUGCUAAGGAUGGCUCCCAUCAAUAACACUAAUUUUUUCCCAAGAAAUCUACAUGACAUGCCACAUUCUGGUGGUGUUUUAGAACUCAAAUCUGAUAGCAAGAGAGCCAGUCAAUAAUUACCUAUGUUCCUUAAUUUGUUCUUCCUUCAGUUGCCUAUGAAAGGCCAUAUGGUCCUAGGCUCCAGGUCAAGUCAAAGAUCUAUUUGUGUGAUGCUAUAAGAGUUAAGCGUGGCACAAAAGGACUGGGGCGCUGACUUCCGGAAGCUGUCUGCUGGGGCUGCACUUGUUGGUCUUACUUUGUGGCUUGAUCACAUGCAAGAUGCUUCACUCCAGGGUUCACCAGAAUCUCCCAAAUCUGUUGUACUGGUCACAGGGGAGGGGGAAUAUAACAUGGUAUCCCUGCGUAAAACCAUCAGAGCCUACCUUUUGGAAAUGGGCUCCCCAUUCUUGCCAUGUAGAGCUCGGUCAGGUCGCUUUGUGGUAAAGGAUUACUCUCUUAAGAUGUGGCUGAAAGAUUCUCCUUUCUGCAUGGACCUUGAGUUAAAAGAUGCUCCAGCUCAUCCUAAGUUAAACUCAAUGAAGCUGAUCGAAGGAUAUUUCAUGAGAGCUGGUUUUGUAUCAGCAUUUAAAGAUAUACAUGAGAGACUUGGGGAAGUAUGGCCAAAAAAGUUUUCCAGGUUAGCUCUGUUGUCAGAAGAAUGUAGGGAUGAGGUUAUCAAGGCUGAUAUACAAGGAAGGAAAGAAAAACUGGAGAGAAUGAAGAAGAAGGGUAUUGUCACAGCAAGAAAAUCUAAAACAAGAGCACGACGAGGAAAAUUUGUUAGGCAGCAGAAAUAAAACACGAAAGUAGUGUUGGAGUAGUCGUGGCCUGUUAUUUUUUGCUUCAACACAUGACAUUUUCUCAAACAGCACCUGGCAUCUACAUGAAAAUUUUCUGAUAGGGGUGGGGAUGGAGGUGUGGAAACAAAGAAUGAAUUAUGAUUGCUGCUAUUUUAGCAUUGGUUACGGUUGGUUCUGUAAACUUCUUACUGGAACAAACGAUGUGGUUCAUGUUCUCCAAGAUUUACUGAGCAGCGGGCACAGCUGGGUAACCAGCUCAUACUGAGAUGAACAAGCUUUGGAUAUUAUUCGGCAGUGUGCACCUAUGCAGUGCGCCUUGGGCUGCGCUGAUGCUUUCAUGGGGAGCGCACUAGUGUGGCAGUAAGAUCGGUGAUUGCUGCAGUGUGGCCUUGCCAUGGAAGCUGCGAGCUUCUACAAACAAAUGUUGAGGGCCGGUGAGAAGGAAAAUGGCUCUGCUUCAUUAAUGUGCUCAGCAUUUGAUGCCCUUGUGAGUCUCGAGCAUGGCAAGAUGGUUCAUUGUCGCAGCAUGAAGUCUAGGUUUUGUUUUGAAAUGAUGCACUUCAAGUGUGGCAGGCUGGCAGCUCAGUUAAUACUCAAAUUGUCUUCUAAUGGGAAAAUAGGUCUAGUGGAGUGGUGAGAGUUUUCUCCCUAAGUCAUCAGGUCAUGAGUUCGACAUAGCCUCUUCGUAUUUACGGCUGAAUGUUGCCUUGGUUUAUCCCUUUCCAAGAGCCAACUCAUGUGGGAGCCUUCAGCACUAAGUCUGUUCUUUCACUUAGCUUAUCUUUAUGCUGCUUUGAAUCCGAUAAUUUCAUUUGCGGCUUAUGACAAGGAAAAACUUAUUGAACCUGCAAAAUUUCAUCCUCAAUAUUUGACAACUAUAAAUUUGGUCCAACUUUGUUCCCAACUUAAUAUGUUCAUUUAAUGUAGUUUGAAAA